AAUUCAAUUAGUGCGGAUAGUGUGUGUGUGCUUCCACCUGCAGCGGCUAGUUCAUGUCAGAUUUACUACGAGUUUUGUCACGGCAGCAGCAGAAAAACCACUCCAAGAUUUUACGAGUAAAGAAGCCAUUCGGGUAUGUUGCCAGGCCGAAGGUCCGAAAGACGCUCACCCCAGAUUGGGAUAAAGUAGGCCUCAAAAAACCUUCUUCGGUGUUUUGCAAGCGCGUUGAUUAUUUCCCUGGCUAUGGAGGGCUCCAUCCAGCUCAAGCAGAACAGGAAAAGCCCCUAGAGCACUUCGCGUCCGGGAGCUCCUACGAGGGGAGCUGGAAUGCGUUAGGGUUCGCAGGAUUUGGAACCUACGUUUUCCCUCACGGAGCAAUUUACGAGGGAUCCUUCCGAGAUGGCCAGUUCCACGGCAAGGGCACCAUCACCUACCCAGUGGGGCACAAGUUGAAAGGCUACUGGAAGAACGGCAAGCUGAUCAGCCAGAUCUUCGUCUUCCAAGAUGGGCUGCCGAUGAGGAGCCCCUGGACCUACUGCCAAAUCCCCGAUAGGAGGUUCCAAAUAGAGGCCAACACUGACUUGAGAGGCCCUGGGGAGGAGCUGCAAACCAACAGGCAACCGACAGUGGAUGUUCCGGAAGGCUGCUUUGACACCAUUGAUGGGUUUUUUGUGCCUGGUGUUAACUGCAUCUUCCAGUACGACGAGGAGGCUUUGGCAAAUGGGGAGCCUCCAGAGCACAAGCAGCACAUCGACUCUCUGAAAAGGACAACUCUGGAGGAGGAAAGGGAUUUCAUAGAGGAAAACUUCCGAGCCGCCGAGCUGAAGUCCGUUGGGUAUCGGCCUGAUCUGUACGAACACUGGACGACUGGAAGGGAGGCGGAAGUUGAAAAGGUCAUCUCAGAAAUGGGGUUUGAGGACGCCUCCAGAGCUUCCAGCACCCUCUUGAGCGACCAGAGCUCCUCACCGCUCGCCCCAGUGAAUAUCGAGUUUACCAUUUUACGUUAACCUGCCUGUUUAUACAGUAUUUUAUUUAUUUUUACGCGUACAAAAGUGAGCGGAAUAAAACGCAGCCAAAUUG